UUUAAAAUGAGAAGGCCACUACGUCGGUUUUUUUUGGGUUAGCGCGAGACCUUUGUUUUUAGUUCAAACCAACUUGCCGAAGAACAGCACUCAAUCAUGGCCGAUUCAUCUGCGCUCCCCGAGCUUCCACAAGAAAGCAUCAACGACGCCUUGCAGGUGAACAAGGAUUUGGAGAGAGUUAUAGAAGCCGUGGAAGAUAUAUCCUUGCAGUUGACCUGGAUGGGUUAUGACAUGGUGGCACUGCGGACCAGUCCCGAGCUGGGGACUUCUAUGCAGAAACUGGAAGAAGCAUAUAAUAAAUGCAGAGCUAUUAUCUGUGGAGACCGACAAGAGCCCGAGUCAGAAAGUAGCAUUUGACCUGAGCCCACCACCAUAGCACCUACUCAGAUGUUAUUUAGAGUUUUUAGUUGACAAGAUUACACUGAGACUAAGUGGAACGCUUGUAAAAGUCGUUUUUAUACGUUGCUAUGGAGAAUGUGUAUUUGGACCGAUGGUUCUGCCUUUUUGUCUUUAAAACAGUAUUUCGUAUUCACUAAUGCCCAUACUGAGCUCUUUGAGUGUGUUUUUAUUGUUGCAUGGUCUGCACAAUUUGCAUGUUUUGGUGGUGAUGGAGUGUUCUGUUUCUCCUGAGUUGAACAAUAA